AUGGUUGGAUUCUCUUACAUCAUGGGCAGUGCCCUCGCCCUGGCUUCCGUCGUCUCUUCCACCAGCAUUCUCCUCCCGCUCUAUGAGUGGCCAACCGACAACACCACCUGGUCCCCAGUUUAUGAAGCUGCUGUCGCACACCCUGAAAUUCACUUCCAAGUUAUCGUCAACCCUGACAGUGGCCCAGGCGACACUCAGUACCCCGAGUCCGAAUACGUCAGUGCUGUUGCGCAACUGAACAGCUACUCCAACGUUCAGGUGCUUGGCUAUAUUCCAACUGAGUAUGCCACACGCGAUAUCUCCGACGUUGAGAGCGACAUCGCAACAUACAGUGGCUGGUCCAAGUACAAGAAGCAGAACAUCUCUGUCGACGGUAUCUUCUUCGAUGAGGCUCCCAACACCAAUGACACAAGCAAGAUCUCCUACAUGACCGAAAUCUCUAAGUUCGCCCGCGCAGAUAACUUAACCACUAUUGUGUUCAACCCCGGUACCAAGCUUGACGAUGGCUCUGUGAACGGAUACUUUGAUGCUGCGGACUUGAUCGUCGAGUUUGAGAAUUCCUACGACACUUGGGUGACUUGUGUGCCUGCCGAUGAGUUCUCUGCUCCAGAUGACUAUUCCAAGGAUGCUGUCUUGCUAUACAGUGCCCCUCUUGAGGCGAACUAUGAUGAAGUUCUGCAGGAAGCUAAGCAGAUGGGUCUCGGUGCUGCGUACUUAACCAACACUGCUGACUACAAGAAUGCGGAUUCCAUUUCUAAGGUCGCUUCUGCUUUGCAGUUGUGGUAA